AUGUGGAGCAUUGCCGGAGCCUUUUUUUCCACGGGCGCCACUUUUUUGAGAGCCAAACUCGGAACUCGGCCAUUGCCCCCAGGCGCGACUGGUUUGACGGAUCUCGACCACCAUCUUCCGCCCCCACCAACGGCUCGGCUGACCACCACCAGCUGGGAACCACCUGCUCACAAUGUCGCACAUCCUCGAGCCGCUCGAUGCGCCAUCAUCGUCUCCAAGCACGAGCAGCAGCAAGCGCUGCGCCAAACCGCCACACUCUACCUGGGCAACCUGUCGUUCUACACGACCGAGGAGCAGAUCUACGAGGUGUUCGGGCGCGUCGCCAACGUCGGCGCGGGCGGAGGCAUCAAGCGCAUCAUCAUGGGCCUCGACCGCAACCAGAAGACGCCGUGCGGAUUUGCAUUCGUCGAGUUCUACACGCACGCCGAGGCGGUCGACUGCAUGCGCUACGUCUCGGGCACAAAGCUCGACGAACGCGUCAUCCGAUGCGACCUCGAUCCGGGCUACAAGGAGGGCCGACAGUACGGGCGCGGUCGAAGCGGCGGUCAGGUUCGUGACGAGUACCGCCAGGAGUACGAUGCGGGCAGGGGUGGCUGGGGCCAUAACAGGCUCAGAGAGGAGGAGGAGAGGAAGAAGAUCGAGGCUGAACAGCAGAGGAGGCUGGAGAGGGAACAGCUGUAUCAGGAACAGGCGGGCAUGGAUUCGGGCGGAGGAGGAUUGGUGCCCGCGGGCGCAGAGCAUAUGUACGACGAACUCGAGGCCGACGCAAGAGGCCACGCUGCCCCCGCCGCCGCGCAACACGCAAAGAGAGAGAGAAGCUACGACCAAGAGGACCAGGAGCUCUAUGGCAAGUCUGAAAAGAACCCGAGAUUCAGGGACGACGACAACGACGACGAGGUCUAA